GUAUAUUUUGGCUAUAUCUGAAUAAUCACAUCAUUUAAAAAAAUGGAACAUACUGAUGUAAUCAUCAGUCUUUUGCUGUUCUCAAAAAAACAUUUUUUAAAAGCUAAUAUUUACUGUAAGACCUUCUGCUUUACUUGUCAGUGUACACCAGUGUACUUCUAUGCAGGGAACUGUCUCACCAACUCCCUUUCUCUCCCUCUAUCACCCUCCCCUCCCAAUUCUAGCCCUAAAGCGCUUGAUUUUGUUCUAAUCCUGUUGAUCAGGCCUCUGAUGUAAUUUACCAUGCAGUUCUUGUAAGGGCACAAGGGCACAGGGAGGAGGGGUCAGAUGGCAUAAAUCAGCUCAGCCACAGAGGGAAGCAAACUUGAAAGAAGCUGUUUUGCUUUGUGUGGUGCUGCAGAAGGAUUCAGGGAGCGCCGUGUCCGCUUGCGGGCAUCUCUUAUAAAGGAAGCUAUGGACAGAGCUUCGAAAGCCUAGAGAAGAGUAACAGGAAUAACCAGUUCAGAAAUGUAGGGCUGGUGAAGGAGAUUGAAAUAACUCAUUUCUUUUUCUUCUACCUGCACUUACAGUUUUCUCUUCUCUCUAGAAAUAGCAGGGAUAAGCAUUCGAGUACUCAAAAGGUUUUAUGAAGAAGAUAGAGGCAGUUCUCAUUGAAGAAUGACAAGAAAUAAGUGUAAUUUACACAAAAUGCUGUGAGGCAUAUAAUGAAAAUCCAGAGGGAGUGCUGGGUGAUGCCCUUUAUUAAUAGGUUCUUCUGUCUUCAGGAUCCAACUUUGUUGAAACAAGAUGGUGUAAUGUGCAUAGCUUUGAAAAAAUUGUCAGUUUAGUUAUAUCCCAGUAAGCCCACUUGUGAAACUGUUUGAGUGGGCUCCUUUAAAUUAUUUUUCACAGAACUAAUUUAAGUUUUAAAGCAGUAAGCUAUAACUUAUGUUUUAAGUCACAUUUAAGUUUGAUAAUGUGGAUUUGCAUAAUCUGAGGAAGUAUAACAUACUUAGAUAAGGCCGGAUGAGAGACUUCUCUGCAACUGGACUCCUAAACAGAAGUUUCAUCCAUAUUUUAUAAGGAAGUAUCUGAGGUGUAAUGUAUAGGAAGGUGUUAUGGGUUUUUUUGGUUGUUUUUUUUUUUUUUUUAAUCAGGUUUUUGCCAGAGUCUGAGAUUCUCUAAACAGAAUUAGGGACUUGUUUCAGCCCAAUCUCAUCUUCAUUAUAGGCUGAUCCCGCACUGAAGGUGGGCAAAGUAGAGAAGACAGGUGAAUGGAGAGGACUCUACGAAGUAGGGUCAUGUUGGGAAAUGCGGGGUGUACGUACUGGAAUUCUUGCUUGUAUGCUCUCCUUCAAAGCUAUUUAAAGAAGUGGAGUCCACUAAUAGGUGUCAUGAGCAUCAACUCUUCAGUAGGUAAAAAGGAAUGAGUAGGAGAGCUAUCUCCUGGAUGCCUAGAGAAAGGUCUCUGGCUUUGGCCUGUUCUGAGGUGGCACAUCUUGUUUGUACUUGGCUCUAACGAUGGCCUCAUGGCUUUCACAAGCACACAGUUCUCAGAAGUCCCCAUCAUACUUGCAAGGCUCUUGGUAGCAUAUCUUGAGCUGACUGGCAUGAGUUUCCUUUUUACUGACUUCUGUCUGUAAAGCUCUGAAUAAGAGAUAUGCUAAAGAGCUUUUUGCAGAAGUAUGAGUUGCUAUAGCAACUGCUUAUUUUCGGUUCACCUUUGGAUAGCUUAGGAUCUUGCUCUUAUUUCCUACUUGGGAAGGAACAAGGGGUGGUUUCAAUCCAAAAUUGAAAUGGAUGUACUCUGUCAGUUAUCUACACUGCUUGAAAGAUAAGGCCUUCCCGCCUGAACUUCUGACCAGUGCAGAUCACUCAGGCGAUUUCAGGAGCAGGCAAGAGCUGCACAGCUGAACCUCUGGGGUGGUCUGUCUAUGCAUGUUGCGUAGUUGCAGUGGCCGUAGAUGUGGUUCAGGUCAUGUAAGGAGGGAGGCAGCGGCAAGCAGAGAGUGAGCCACCAGCCUGCCACUUACUCCCUGCUCAUAUCUAAAGAGUCUGCCAUGAAAGCAGGUGGUGGGGAGUGGAGGCUGUGGGCUGGGUAAAAUGCUUCUAGUAGGUGGAUUUAUGGUUUUUGCAUGUGAUUUAAGCUUUAUAUUCUGGAAAAAGAGCAAUACUGAGCAUGAGGAUGGUGCCUUCCUGUGUGAACAUCGAUUAUUUCAUUUGUGUUUGUCCUGUUGAUAUUGGCUGAGCAGCUUGGAGGCCAAAGUUAAGUUAAUGCUUUUGUCAGUGUUAGAAUUUAAAAUGGUGAGAGAUACUUUCUUUUAUUAUCCAGAGAGUGGGUACAGACAGGCAUGAGUGCUAAACCAACAUGCACAAACCUUACUAGAGGGGCAAGUCUCCUAGUUUGUUGCCAGAAGCUCUGCAGAGCGUUGCUCUAAGUGCUGUCUGAAUGAUAAAGAUAGCUGCCAGCAGGGAGCUGGAUGGAACGUUUUUGCUUCUAAAAGAGACUAAUCAGUUGCUAAACAUUCUUAGGUGUUAAUACACCGUAGAUUUAAAUCUAGCCCAAGUUAGGGUCUCUGAGCCAGCCGGUUCUGUUAGAUAUUUGAAGAGAUGCGGGGCUUCCUUGCAGAAGGCUGUUGUAUCAGUUCUAUACUAAUGAUAAACUUUUCUUUCUAAUUGUAGGAUACUUGUGAAAGAUGGUGGAUCGCUUGGCAAACAGUGAGGCAAAUACAAGACGAAUAAGUAUAGUGGAAAACUGCUUUGGAGCAGCUGGUCAACCUUUGACUAUUCCUGGUCGCGUUCUGAUCGGAGAAGGAGUAUUAACAAAGCUUUGUAGGAAGAAACCCAAAGCAAGGCAGUUUUUCCUGUUCAAUGACAUUCUUGUUUAUGGUAACAUUGUCAUCCAGAAGAAGAAAUACAAUAAGCAGCACAUAAUUCCGUUGGAAAAUGUCACUAUUGAUUCCAUCCAAGACGAGGGAGACUUACGGAACGGGUGGCUUAUCAAGACACCAACAAAGUCUUUUGCAGUUUAUGCUGCCACAGCUACAGAGAAGUCUGAGUGGAUGAACCACAUAAAUAAGUGUGUUUCUGAUUUGCUUUCCAAAAGCGGGAAGACUCCUAGUAAUGAACAUGCAGCUGUCUGGGUACCAGACUCGGAAGCCACUGUGUGCAUGCGCUGUCAGAAAGCAAAAUUUACGCCUGUCAACCGUCGUCACCACUGCCGCAAGUGUGGCUUUGUCGUGUGUGGGCCUUGCUCUGAAAAGAGGUUUCUGCUCCCAAGCCAGUCUUCCAAGCCUGUGCGAAUUUGCGACUUCUGCUAUGAUCUUCUUUCUACUGGGGAGAUGACUACUUGUCAGUCCACUAGAUCAGACUCCUACAGCCAGUCACCUAAAUCCCCUUUAAAUGAUGUAUCUGAUGAUGAUGAGGAUGAAGACAGUAGCGAUUAAGGACUGACACUUUUUUCCCCAUGUUUUGCAAUUGGUGUUUCAAACCCUAAGGAGCUGCUUUUGGGGAAGCCUAUCGUCGGGUUCCUCUGAAAAAUUCUGUUCUAGCCAUAAAAUACGCCUGAAUAUCUUCAGCUAUGAUGUGCCUCAAUCUAUGAAUUCUCUAGACAAUAGGUUUUUCACUCCUCUGCAGGGAUAGACUGUUGCAAAUGCUAUCAGAUAAUUUUCCAGCUUCUUAUACUUGAGUUAUGUCUAGGUUAGACUUUUGUGGAAGAUUGGAAAAUAUAAUGUACUUAAUUUAACAACCCAUACUUCCUUAUGUUUCAUAUUGAUAUGUUAUGUGGCUUUUCAGGAUAUGGGGAGGAAGAAUGUAAGCAUGUGGGAAACAGUCAUAUUUUCGUUAAUUCCAUAAAACUAUCUGUUUUUUCUAACCGUGCUACCUAGUGAUAAAUUGAAAUGUGACCUAACUACAAACCUAAAUGUCACAAAACUUGGAAAUUGUCUUCUUCUGCUCUUAUUUAUGACUUCCUAUACCAAGCAGUGCCUUGUAACAUUUGUGCUGAUUCAGGAAGAAACUUAUUCUUAUAUAUAUUAUCUGUAUUUGCCUGAUGCUGGUAUCUGAGAGAUCAUUGGUGCUAUUGACAAUAACUGCUGUGUUCAAAAUGGGAUUUUGAAAAGAUCGUAUCUGUGUGCCCACAGUGGGUGACUGAGACCUAAAUCACGUGUCCUCAUCUGUGGGGGCAGACCCAAAGACUCUGCAAAUUCCCACAGGCUUCAGUGGGGUUUCCUUUGCAGGAGUUGCCUUGCAACCCCCAAACCAGGGUUGGGAUCUUGAGAUGAGAAGCUUGGUAUGAUUUUCACAGGGAUACAUACAUUUUCUUUUCAUAAUAGUUUAUAAGUUUGAAAUAGCAAUUUGGCAAAUGCAUGCUGAAACUUCAGUAGGGUGGCAUAGCAUUUUGCUGUGAGAGCUUAUAUAUUUUUGGAAUUACUUCCCAAAUGCAACACUAACUUGUUUUUUAAAAUGUUAAUGAGUUGUUUUUGUUUUUUUUUUCCAGUCAGGAAUUUAUGUUGGCUUGUUUAAAAAUAACCUCAAGUUUUAAACAGCCUGCAAAUAUCCUUACAGAAUUGGCUUUUCUUUUUACACAGCUGACCUCAGGAUAAAUGUGAGAUGCAAGUUAUUUCAUUCUAAAUGUAUAACCAGGACCAAGAAAGAUGUAUCUAAGAACUAUAAAAUAGGCAGUGCGGGAAAAAGUCUAGUAGAGUAUUCAUUUUACUUGUAAUGAGUUAUUGAAUACAGAAGUGUCAUUUUUCCUAUAUAAAUAUUAAAAGUUAGACUUGUAAAGACUUGUUAAACCCUCAAAUGCUAUGUUUCUAUAUUUUAUAAUGGUAGUAGUCAAUUUUGAAGGAGAAAAACCUCUUUGAAAUAAUGGUAUGAAAGUAUAGUAGCAACUGACUUUAUAAAAAAAAAAAAAUUGUUAAACUUUUGUAGAUCGUUAAGUGACAAUUUCUGCACUGUUUGCCUUGAUUGGCAAUAAUUGGGUUAAAUAUUUAUUGAAUAAACAAUCAAUGCUGCAUAUUGCACUAGUCUCCCAUUUUGUACAGUCAGCCACGUUUUUCUUAAGCAAAGCAAAACAAAAAAAAAGCACUUAAGUUAUAGCCUUCAGUGAGUUCUCUAGUAGUUGAAGAUGCACUUAGCAUCUUUAGGGAGCUGCUCUACAUUAACAGUCUGCAAUACCUUGCUUCAGAGGAAAAUCAUGUUCAUAUGACUGGUCAAGAAAUUCCCCCAAACAUUUUUUUAAAAAGGACUAAAGAGUGUUUGAUCUACUUUGAAACAAAUAAAAAUAAAAAAAAAAAGAGGGGAAAACACUUUGUGAUCGAGACUAGGGACCAGGAGGACUCUUUUAAGAUUUUCAGAUAAGCGAUGAACAGUUGUAUAUGCUCAAAGACAUGAAAUAGGUGGUUAUAUAUACUCUUUCCUUGAAAGACAGGGAAAUAAUGACCUGCAGAAUGGGAAAAUAGGCUAUUCUGAGAAGACAUUUUAAAGUAAUAGUGCUUACUUUAUGUGCCUCUGUUACUCAAAAACAAUUUUUAUACUUCAGGAAUGGAGACUAAACUUGUUAGCUUCGGUUUUUCUACAGAAUCAAAAUACAGACUUCCCAUGUACAUACGUUCUAAUGACUAACGGUAACGUACUUCCUGAUACAAUUGUUUCCUCUUUCUUAAGCUGUCAAAUAUUAACUUGUCUUGUUAAAGAUUCCAUCUUUUUGUGUACUUUUCCCCGUGUUCCUUUAUGUUGUGCUUACUUUUCAGCAUUUUUUUGGGGGAGGGGGUUGUGGGAAAAGGGAUGGAGAGAGUCAGAGCACAUCUUAUAUUUCUGUGGUAUGUUCUUGUACUUACUUCAGAUAUCUGUUGUUAUAUGUGAAUGAAACUUGCACUGAUCCCUGAAGCUGUAACCAAACCAACGUUUGUAUGUGCGUGGGAGGAGUGUUUCAUCUGAAACUGAUGUAUGUGGUCCAAGCUUUUUGAGAAAGUAUUAAAAGCUAUGUUCUCUGGUAAUAUUCAUAUCCCUCAGUGGUAUUUGCGGAAACUUUACAAAAUGGACUUAACAUCAACUUCUCUUGUGUACUUUCAGGUUCUUGAAAGGGCUCAAUUCAUACUUUGUAAUCUUGUCCUGUCGAAUUAUUUUUCUUUACAAAUAUAUGGUGUAGC